UUCCUUCUUGGUCUUUCUCUGAAAACCAAUCAGAGGCUCCUCAAAGGCUUUGUGAUAGAAAGAGAAAUAUCAAACAGUUCCUUGAAAAACAUCGUUCUGUACAUCAAAGAGAAGAUUGAUGAGAUUAAUUGUCCCUUUGAUAAAGCCAAUUUAUUUCACUGUCUAAAUGAACUGAAUGAACUUUCUUUAGAGAAGGAGAUUGAACAAACCUUGAGAUCAGGAAAACUAGAGACAGAAAAUUUCUCUGAAGCUCAGUGGGCAACAUUGAUCAACAUUCUGAUGUCUGCAGACGAUUAUGAGAAAAACUUUGAUGUGAGAAAGUAUUAUACAUCAGAGCAGGCUCAACAGGGUUUUGUACCACUCUUCGUAGUCUCAACUAAAGUUGUACUCAGUUGCUGUUUCCUGAAUGAGAAAAGCUAUAAACUAAUGGAAACAGUUCUGACUCAUCCGUGGUGUUUAUUGAAAGAUUUGGACCUCAGUAACAACGACAUGAAAGAUUCUGGCCUGAAGCUGCUGUGUGAAACACUUUCCAAACCAGCCUGUAAACUUGAAACUUUAAGGUUGUCAGGUUGUUUAAUCACAAGAGAAGGUUGUGAAGUUCUGGCAUCAACUCUGGCCUCUAACCCCUCUCACCUCAAAGAGUUGGACCUGAGUUACAAUCACCCAGAAGAACAUGGAGUGGCUCUCCUCUCUGCUGGAGUGGACAACCCAGACUGGGCAUUAGAGACUCUUAGGUUGGAGCCGAGUGGAUUACAGUUUUUGAGACCUGGUCUGAGCAAGUAUGCCGUUGAACUCAUCCUGGACUCCACCACCACACACAGAAACCUCACACUAUCUGAAUUUAACAGAAUAAUGACAGUGGGACAAGGAGAGAAGCUCUCAAGGUUUCAUAAUGAGGAGGAGCUGCUGGGGAGACAUGAGCUCACUGGUCGCUGUUACUGGGAAGCAGAGUGGAGAGGAAACGCUUCCAUUGGAGUGACGUACAAAGAAAUCAGAAGAGGGGAAAGUAAUCGCUGUGGUCUUGGAAUGAAUGAUCAGUCAUGGGCUUUGUUGUGCUCAAAGGAAGGAUUCUCUGUUCUGCACAACAACAAAAUCACUAAAAUCUAUGUAGAGCCCUCAAACAAAGUCGGGGUGUUUGUGGACCGGCCUGGUGGCACUGUGUCUUUCUUUGGGGUUUUCCCUGAUGAAAUGACCUACCUUCACACCUACAACACCAAAUUUACUCAACCUGUGUAUCCUGUUUUGAGAAUAGAACCUGAACCCGUUAACAUUAGUUUGACUUUUCUCUGCUGUGUCGAACUUCUGUUUAUUGCAGGAGAUUUAAAUCUCAGGCAACCCAAUGACUUCAGUCCAAACCUGAAGGACCCGUUUGCUGACAUAUUUUACAGGGAAGAGAACAAGGAAACAAAGUAUUUUUCAUUUACCUCUCGGUGUGGUUUGCAUGUCUCUCAUGGACACAUACACGGAAACUUUACAAUGAGUCAGUCUGAGGAAAGCAAGGAGGCAUCUGUGCCCAUAAAUUAUGGUCUGUCCUGUGAAAACGGCACACAGGUCAGACCUCAAAGUACUGGAAAUAAAACGGGAAACUCUUCCACACCCAGCAUUGUGUCCCUGAAGAGUGAGAAGUCAAUGCACUACCCCAGUAAUUUUAAAGGUUCUUCCACACCCAGCAUUGUGUCCUUGAAGAGUGAGAAGUCAAUGAACUACCCCAGUAAUUUUAAAGGUUCUUCCACACCCAGCGUUGUGUCCCUGAAGAGUGAGAAGUCAAUGAACUACCCCAGUAAUUUUAAAGGUUCUUCCACACCCAGCGUUGUGUCCCUGAAGAGUGAGAAGUCAAUGAACUACCCCAGUAAUUUUAAAGGUUCUUCCACACCCAGCAUUGUGUCCUUGAAGAGUGAGAAGUCAAUGAACUACCCCAGUAAUUUUAAAGGUUCUUCCACACCCAGCAUUGUGUCCCUGAAGAGUGAGAAGUCAAUGAACUACCCCAGUAAUUUUAAAGGUUCUUCACUUUCAGGAUCUGAUGACAAAAUACUAGAGGAGACCAGCAGUUUCCAUGGAGACCGUCACAAAGUCUUCGAGAGACUUGAGAGGGAAACUGUUCUUCUUGUACGGAGCGAGCUGAAGAAGUUGCAUCAGCUGUUAACUCCCAAUUACCCGAAACGCCUUUGGACACAUGAUGUGGUCGAAAACGUGUUUCAUUGUGAGGAAACAGAGAAGAUCUUUACCGGAGAAGAAGAGGAGGUCACAAACUUCCUGAGGGAAUUUUUGAGGAUGAUGAAACUCGGAGACUUUGCUGAUGCUCUAUCAUCCAGUCACUCUGUCAGAAACCCAUCAAAGGUCAAAGAUGAAUCACAUGUGACCAAACUCUCUGAACUUGAAGACCAGCAGCUCAAAUCUGAUAGAAUCCCCCCAAAGGAAGACAUGGACACAAUAUUUAAGAAUCUUGAGGGGAACAUUGUUGUCUUUGUUAAAAAUGAGCUGAGAAAUUUUCUUAAGCUCUUAAACAGAGAAACUGUUCAUAACCAAGAAGAAAAUGAAGAGGUUUUAAAUUGGAAGGAGGAAGAGCAGAAGAAAAUGACCAAAGAAGCUUUUCUGAAGAUGAUCUUGAAGCAUUUGAGAAGAAUGAAGCAAGAAAAGUUGGCCUUUGCUCUACUAAACAAAAGUGUUAUGUCCAAAUGCCAAUCUAAACUCAAAUCCAACCUGAAAACAAGGCUGGAAUAUGUGAUUGAAGGAAUUGCAAAAGAAGGUCAUCCAAACCUUCUUAAUAAGAUCUACACCGACCUUUACAUAACGGAACGAGAUGAAGAGAUCAUCCGUGACCAUGAAGUGAAACAGAUUGAAAAAGCUCUCAGAAAAAAAAUGAACCCACAAACAAUCAGACGUGAAGAGCUCUUUAAACCCAUCACUGGAAGAGAUAAACCAGUCAGAACAGUGAUGACAGAGGGAGUGGCUGGCAUUGGAAAAACAGUCUUGACACAGAAGUUUGCACUGGACUGGGCUGAAGGAAAAAAUAACCAGGACAUCCAGUUCACAUUUCCAUUUUCCUUUAGAGGACUGAACAUGGUAAAGGGGAAAAAGUUCAGUUUGGUUGAACUUAUUCAUCUUUUCUUCCCUGAAGUGAAAGUAACAGAAAUCCGCAGUUUUGAACACUUCAGAGUUUUGUUCAUCUUUGAUGGUUUGGAUGAGUGUCGAUUUCCUCUGGACCUGAAAACCAAAGAGGUCCUUACAGAUGUUACACAGUCCGCAUCAUUAGAGGUAUUGCUGGCAAACCUUAUCAAGGGGAGGUUACUUCCUUCAGCUCAAGUCUGGAUCACAACUCGACCUGCAGCAGCUCAUCUGAUCCCCCCUGAGUUUGUUGAUCUGGUUACAGAAAUCCAAGGUUUCAAUGACCGUCAAAAGGAGGAGUACUUCAGAAAGAGAUUCCCAGAGGAAGAGGAAAGCAAGAUGGUCCUGUCUCAUAUCAAAUCAUCACGAAGUCUCUACAUUAUGUGUCACAUCCCUGUCUUCUGCUGGAUCCUUGCUACUGUUCUAGAGGAUGCCAUUAAAGCCAGAGAAGAAGCAGACCUACCCAACUCCCUGACAGAGAUGUAUAUCCUCUACCUGGUGGUUCUGUCCAAGGUGAAGAAGGUCAAGUAUGAUGAAAACACUGACAAAAAUACAUUCUGGACUCCAGAGACCAGGGAAAUGAUUAAAUCCUUGGGAAAACUGGCCUUUGAGCAGUUAAUGAAAGGGAACCUGUUCUUCUAUGAAUCUGACCUGACAGAGUGCGGCAUUGAUGUCAGAGCAGCCUCAGUGUAUUCAGGGGUGUUCACAGAGAUCUUUAAGGAGGAAAAGGGGUUUUUCCAUCAGAACAUGUUCUGUUUUGUCCACUUGAGUAUUCAGGAGUUUUUGGCUGCUCUUCACGUCCAUCUGACGUUCAUCAAAACUGGUGUCAAUCUGCUGGCAGAAGAGGAAUCAGUCUCACCUGGGUCAAAGAUGUCUGAAGAACAAGUUGAGCACUUCUACAAGAAAGCUAUAGAGAAAGCUACUGAGAACGCUCCAGUGAACUCAACAGAGGUAGCUACCAAGAAAGCUACAGAUGAUCAAAAAGGCAAACUGGAUCUGCUGCUGAGGUUCCUUCUUGGUCUUUCUCUGAAAACCAAUCAGAGGCUCCUCAAAGGCUUUGUGACAAAAAGAAAAACAUCAAGCAGUUCCUUGAAAAACAUCGUUCUGUACAUCAAAGAGAAGAUUGAAAAGAUUCUGUGUCCCUUUGAUAAAGCCAAUUUAUUUCACUGUCUAAAUGAACUGAAGGAACUUUCUUUAGUGAAGGAGAUUGAACAAAUCUUGAAAUCAGGAAAACUGGAGACAGAAAAUUUCUCUGAAGCUCAGUGGGCAACAUUGAUCCACAGUCUGCUGUCUUCAGACGAUUAUGAGAAAAACUUUGAUGUAAGAAAGUAUUAUACAUCAGAGCAGGCUCAAAGGGGUUUUGCAGGACUCUUAAUAAACUCAACUAAAGUUGUACUCAGUUGCUCUUUCCUGAAUGAGAAAAGCUGCCCGCUUCUGGGAUUUAUCCUCAGUUGUCGGUUAGGUUUAUUGAAAGAUUUGGACCUCAGUAACAACGACCUAAAAGAUUCAGGACUGAAGCUGCUGUGUGAAGGACUUUCCAAACCAGAAUGCAAACUUGAAACUUUAAGAUUGUCAGGUUGCUUAAUCACAAGAGAAGGUUGUGAAGUUCUGGCAUCAGCUCUGGCCUCUAACCCCUCUCACCUCAAAGAGUUGGACCUGAGUUACAAUCACCCAGAAGAACAUGGAGUGGCUCUCCUCUCUGCUGGAGUGGACAACCCAGACUGGGCAUUAGAGACUCUUAGGUUGGAUCCGAGUGGAUUACAGUUUUUAAAACCCGGUCUGAGCAAGUAUGCCGUUGAACUCAUCCUGGACUCCACCACCACACACAGAAACCUCACACUUUCUGAAUUUAACAGAAUAAUGACAGUGGGACAAGGAGAGAAGCUCUCAAGGUUUGAUAAUGAGGAGGAGCUGCUGGGGAGACAUGGUCUCACUGGUCGCUGUUACUGGGAGGCAGAGUGGAGAGGAAACGCUUCCAUUGGAGUGACGUACAAAGACAUUAGAAGGAGAGGGCAAAGUAAUCGCUGUGGUCUUGGAAUGAAUGAUCAGUCCUGGGCUUUGUUGUGCUCAAAGGAAGGAUUCUCUGUUCUGCACAACAACAAAAUCACUAAAAUCUAUGUAGAGCCCUCAAACAAAGUCGGGGUGUUUGUGGACCGGCCUGGUGGCACUGUGUCUUUCUUUGGGGUUUUCCCUGAUGAAAUGACCUACCUUCACACCUACAACACCAAAUUCACUCAACCUGUGUAUCCUGUUUUGAGAAUAGAACCUGAACCCGUUAACAUUAGGAUGGCCACUAUCCUAUCUUAUGAGCAAAUCUGCUGCCUGAAGUCUGCAUGCGGCUCUUUAGCGCUGCCCCUGCGACUCUCUGCAGCCCCACCUGCAGCCCCGGCUCCAGGCCUGACCAGAGAAGAUGUCCCUCUCCAGGCUAAAGUGUUACAGGUCAUAUCCAUAAAUGCAUAUGUUUCUAAAUUACAAAAUCUGCUUUCUUUUUGUUUUUCAGAGAGUGUUAUAACCUUAUCUCAGAAUACACUCAAAUCUAACCUGAAUAAUAGGUUUGGUUACGUGUUUGAAGGAUUGGACAAGGCAGGAUAUCCAACGCUUCUGAACCAGAUCUACACUGAGCUUUAUAUCACCGAAGGAACUCCUGCGCAGGUCAACUGCAAACAUGAAGUGAAGCUGAUUGAGCGGGCACUCUUUCGACCAACUAAACCAGAAUUAAGAAUUAGACGUGAAGACAUCUUCAAACGCUCAACAGGAAGAGAUAAACCGAUCAGAACAGUUAUGACCGAGGGAGUGGCUGGCAUAGGGAAAACAGUCUUGACAAAAAAAAUUUCACUGGACUGGGCUGAAGGAAAAAUUUACCAGCACAUCCAGUUCAUUUUUCCAUUGUCCUUCAGAGAACUCAAUAUGUUGGAGGAAAAGAUCAGUUUGGUUGAACUUAUUCAUCUUUUCUUUCCUGAAAUCAAAGAAGCAGGAAUUCACACCUUUGAAGAGUUCAAAGUUUUGUUCAUCUUUGAUGGUCUGGAUGAGUGUCGACUUCCUCUGAACCUGAAAACCAAAGAGGUCCUUACAGAUGUUACAGAGCCAACAUCAUUAGAUGUGAUGCUUACAAAUCUUAUCAAAGGGAAAUUACUUCCCUCAGCUUGCAUUUGGAUCACAACUCGACCUGCAGCGGCCCAUCAGAUCCCUCCUGAGUUUGUUGACCUGGUGACUGAAGUGAGAGGAUUCAAUGACCCUCAGAAGGAGGAGUACUUCAGAAAGAGAUUCCCAGAGGAAGAGGAAAGCGGAAGAAUCAUUUCUCACAUCAACUCAUCAAGAAGCAUUUUCAUAAUGUGUCAUAUCCCUGUCUUCUGCUGGAUCACUGCCACUGUUCUGGAGGACGCCAUUAAAACCAAUCAGGAAAGAGACUUGCCCAAGUCCCUGACAGAGAUGUACGUCUAUUUCCUGGUGGUUCUGUCCAAAGUAAAAUAUAUCAAAUAUAAGGGAAGAUCAGACAUUGAUUCCUUCUGGACUACAGAGACCAAGGACACAAUUCAGUCAUUGGGGAAGCUGGCGUUUGAGCAGUUAAUGAAAGGCAACCUGUUUUUCUAUGAAUCUGACCUGACUGAGUGUGGCAUCGAUAUCAGAGCAGCCUCAGUGUAUUCAGGGUUGUUCACAGAGAUCUUCCAAGAGGAGAGAGGACUUUUCCAUGAGAAUGUUUUCUGCUUUGUCCACUUGAGCAUUCAGGAGUUUCUGGCUGCUCUUCAUGUUCAUCUGACAUUCACCAGCACCGGAAUCAAUCUGCUGGCAGGAGAGGAAUCAGCUCUGACCACCUUUGAGGAUUUCCAUCAGUGUGCUGUAGACAAAGCUGUACAGAGUCCAAACGGACAUCUGGACCUGUUCCUUCGCUUCCUCCUGGGUCUCUCACUUGAAAACAAUCAAAGUUUCCUCCGAGGCCUCAUUACAGAAAAGGGAUCAGACAGCAGCUCCAGUCAGAAUACCAUUCAGUACAUCAAGAAGAAGAUUGGGGAGAACAUCUGUAUUAUGAAGAACAACAACCUGUUUCACUGCCUGAACGAGCUGAAAGACGGUUCGCUAGUAGAAGAGAUCCAAGCAAUUCUAAGGCCAGGGAGGCUGCCGGCGGACAAACUGCCACCUGUCAAGUGGGCAGCCCUGGUCAACAUCAUCUUGUCUUCAACGGAAAGGCUGGACGAGUUUUACCUGAAUAAAUACUUUGAAUCAGACAAUGCUUUGACUGGCCUGCUAACAGUGAUUGUAAACUCCACUAAGGCUGUGUUGAGUUGCUGUAAUCUGACAGACAUGAGCUGUAGAAGCUUAGCUUCUGCUCUCCAGUCCAAAUGCUUAUUGCUGAAGGAAUUGGACUUUAGUAACAACGACCUGAAAGACUCAGGAGUGAAGCUGCUGUGUGAAGGCCUGUGUAGUCCUCACUGCACACUGGAAACUCUCAGCCUUUCAGGCUGUCUGAUCACAAACGAAGGGUGUGCAGAUCUGGUUUCAUCCUUGAAGUUAAACCCCAGUCACUUGAAAAAGUUGGAUCUGAGCUACAACCACCUGGAAGAAUGUGGAGUGAAGCAUUUUUCUGCAGGACAGAAGGACUUUCACCUGGCAUUGCAGACUCUCACGAUUGAGCCAAGUGGAUCACAGUUCUUAAAACCCGGUCUGAGGAAGUAUGCCUGUGAACUCAUGCUGGACCCCAACAGCACUCAUAAAAACCUAAUACUGUCAGAUAACAACAGAAAAGUGACAGUGGGAGAAGAGCAGCAGCCUUAUCCUGACCACCCAGAGAGGUUUGAAGUCUUUGAACAGCUGCUGUGUUCAGAUGGUCUUACUGGGCGCUGUUACUGGGAGGUUGAGUGGAGAGGAAGAGUUGACAUUGCAGUGACAUACAGAAGAAUCAAGAGAAAAGGAGAAAAUGAUGUCUGCAGUCUUGGGAAGAAUGACGAGUCCUGGAGCUUGCUGUGCUCUGAUGGCGGUCACUCUGGCCUGCACAAAAAUGAAAUGGCUUCCAUCUAUGGAGCCCCGUCAAACAGAAUAGGAGUUUACCUGGACUGGCCUGGUGGCAUUUUGUCCUUCUUUGCUGUGUCGUCUGGAAAACUAACCCACCUUCAUACCUUCCAUGCCAAGUUCACAGAGCCGGUGUUUCCAGCUUUCAGAAUCACCACUGAGCCAAGGGGUUCGUCUUUGUUUCUCAGCCACAUUUUGUAAAUUUAUUGUAAAUUUUUACAGAUUCCAUGUGAAAACUUGAGAGAAUUGCCUGUUACAGCCAGUCAUUUCAGAGCAAAAAGUUCUGAAAUCCUCUACACUUUAAAACAAACAUACCUUGAUCAAUUCUCAUCAACUUGUUGUUUGUACUAAAUGGGGUCAGAUGCAAAGCCUUUCAGGUCUGAUUAAUCCUGGUGCACAGAGUUAAAUUUGAUAGCAGGUUGUAGUUGUGGUCAAAUCGAGUCUUAUAGAUAGUGGUUGACUUAAUAAAAAUAUAGCACUGCAUUCUCUUUCUCCCCCAGCUGCGUAAAGUUAUUGUAAACAAAACAAACUUUUUGGGGGUGGG